AUAUAUCUGUUUAGAGCAUGCUUUUAUCCACGUUCUACAGAUUGAACAUUUUUCUCCAUGAUCACCAGCUAUAACUGUAGGCACAAUUGGUUGCAUGUUUUGAAUCUCUCUUUAUCACCUCUAUUAAAGCCAUGUUCUCCUAAGGGCUCUUCAUAAGUGUUCAAGUCUUUCAUCUGUGUUAUGACAUCAAAUCUUGUCUUUUUUUCUUCCCAAAGAUCCUAGAAGCAAUUGAAGGUCGACUUACAAGAGACAUUGUUGUCAUGGAAUAUCUUCCUAGUCAAUAUGCAUAUACCAGUGAUUCAGUGGUAAACUCUGAUGGACUUGAAAGCAUCUCUAAGUCUUUCUUUGUGGAUAAACAAAGUAAAAAGGAGCAAGAAAUGGCUCCAAACCGGAGUCAAAGCAAAAUUCAUCGAGUUCAUCAGGUUGUUCUGCCCCUUUUCUACUCAUAUCCCAAGCUGUAAAACAAACUUUUGCUUACACCGCAGACAUGACAUAAACUAAACAGUAUGAUAUAUGAAAACAGACCCUAAAACCCUCCAACAAAAAUAUUAUUAGAAAAGCAGUAUGAAAAAUCAAACCGUAAGGGUUCUAGGUUGGUAUAUGGUUGGCAACCUCAUUGCAAAGGAGAUCAUGCAUCCCUGGAAAGAGCAAUUCAUUAACCUCGUCCUCAUAAUUAAAAGUCAAAGCUGAAAUCCAAUCCACCCCCUCAAGAUUGCUCUUGUUGAUGCUUUUCUUUCAGAGGGAGAAGAAUGACAGAGUAGUGUGAAACGCAUGAGUGGAUCAACCAUGGUUAAGUCGAGGUGUAAAUCUGUGCAAGUUUGAACACUCUCUGUCAUUCACAAGCACUCUGUCUCUCAUCUCUAUAAACAAACACAGAAUCUUAAAACCAAACCAGACCAACCACCACCACUAGCUUCUCUGAUCACCAACGUACACAACCCCAAAAGACCAGCUUUGUUGUGCCUCUUCCUCUUUGUGUUCACUGUGGUAAUGGAGAACUUCCGACAACCUUUCUUUCCUUCCACAACAACCACCAUGACCUCCAUUUAUGAACCUAUGAGUUCCUCCCCUUCAACUCUUGCUAGUUCAUCCUCUCUGUCCUAUCAUUAUCCAGCAGUUCAGUACCUACCACCACUCAAUGGCGGCAGCCAGCUGUACUUUCAAAGCUCAUACCCUAAUUACCAGAAGCAGGCCUCUCAGCCCCCCUUCCAAUAUCCCAGGUAUCCAGUCCUGCUUCCUUGGCCACAGCCAAAUCCAGUCUCUGGAGAUCAAGAAGGGAUUGAGUCCAAGGCUGCAAGAGAUGAGCAAAGGAUCGCUCGCCAAAGAAGACUCUUUUUAAGCAGAAGCGCUGCUGACUCUGGGUCCUCAUCAAGUUCAAUGCAGAUGGAUUUAUGUGGUGCUGAUUCUGAUAUGCAGAACACAGACCUCUGCACGCCGGAUAUGAAGGAAUUGAGAGUGUUGUUCAAGAAGCAGUUGAAGAAGAGUGAUGUUGGAUCUUGGGGCAGGAUUGUCGUUCCAAAGAAGGAGGCAGAGAAAUACCUUCCAAGCCUUGCUGAAAAACAAGGCAUCGUGAUGAGGAUCAGAGAUGUACAUUCCGGUCACGUGUGGGGCAUGAAAUACAAGUACUGGGCAAAUAACAAAAGUCGAAUGUAUGUCUUUGAAAGUGCAGGAAGCUUUAUUAGGAAAAAUGGACUGGAGGUGGGAGAUUGCAUUUCUCUUUACAAGGAUGAGAGCAAGAACUUUUACUUCUCCAUAGAAAAGGCGGGAACAAGACCAUCACAUGUAACUGAGUCCUCGUAUGAACAACAGCACUGUGCUACCAACUCUAAAGACGGUAACGACGAUGACAACAGCAGUAGCAUCAACACACAGAUUACCAACUCUGACGAUAUCAAUCACAAGAACAACACCAACACCUACAUGAACUCCAGCAACAAUGCUGACAUCCACAGCGAAACCGAUUCCAACAAUACAAAAUUGUACACACCAUAUACCUUCAAUGAAGAAGAUGAAUGGUAUCUAGCAGCACUGUUGGAAGAUGAAUCAAACAAGGUGGUGACACUGUCUGCGGAUCCUGCUUUUUCAUGUGGACGACUUAAGGAAGUCAAUAGCUCCAUCGACAAUGUCAUCAGUACUCAAUUAGAAAGCUCUACUCAACCAGCUAUGGCAGGAAUUGGGGCCUCAUCAUCGUCCUCACAGAGCACAGUGAAGAUGGUGGAGGAUCACUUCGAUGACUGUUACAAAGGGCUUGGGACGCUUCCGGCAGUUGAUCGUUAUGAGCAUGAUGAUUUUUUAUUAUAAUGACAAUAUGAAUGAAGACAAGAAACAGUGGGCAUAGACAAGUGCAGUU